GUAAAAUGACCGAGUGAAAAUCCCUGGCCAAAAACACCCAUACACCACACAAACAUCGGAACCACCACAGUUCAACCUCUCUAGUUACGAAAUUGACGAAUUUCAAUUUAAAUACAAGUUUUCCAGUUGACUCGAGAAAAAUUGAUAUGAGUGUAUUGCUAGAGACUACUAAAGGAAGCUUGGUUGUUGAUCUAUUCGUACAAACCCAAGAAUUGCCAUGUUAUAAUUUUCUAAAGCUCUGUCAAAUCAAUCAUUAUUUUUUCAGUCCCUUUUACAAGAUUGAAAAUAACAAGGUUAUCUACUCUGGUGAUCCUAAUUAUCCAAAUGGAGUCCACUCAGCAAACCACUCGGUCAACAAAUACGUUGAACUCGAACAGUAUGGUAUCGUUGGCGUUAAUGACUAUUUGGAAGUUGAUUCCGGGCUAAAAGCUUCCGAGUACAAUGAAAAUCCAGUUGGUCUAGUGUCUUUUACCACCGUUAAUGAUAAUCAGAUUGGAUCAGAAUUUAGUAUAUGUCUUGAUUCCACUGAGCCAGCGGAGUUCGAAUCCCAAUUAGCGUUUGGUAAAGUGGUGGAAGGAUUCAGUGUAUUACAAUCCAUAUCUGACGACACAAGAAUAAUUCGUACUCAUAUUAUCCAUGAUCCGUUCCCCAAUCCUCCAAAUAUGAAGAUUCAAAACCAAAAGUACUUUCCUAGUGACAUUCAAAUUUCAAAUUUCGAAGAAAAUGAAUCUUCUUUAGAAGAAUCAACCUAUCAAGCUCUUGGUCUUGAACUAAUGAAUGAUCUCCCCCACUAUAAUAUAAAACCCUCUCCCCGGACUUUGUUCAUCGCAAAGCUAAAUCCAAUAACCACCUCGGAGUCCUUGGAGAUCAUUUUUGCCAGGUUUGGUGAAAUCGUUUCUUCUCAUAUCAUUAUAGAUGCUAAAACUGCAAAAAGCUUAUGCUACGGUUUCGUGGAGUUCUCUACCAAAAAUGAUGCUGAAAAAGCCUACGGCAAAUUGCACAAGGGCUGUAUAAUCGAUGGGAAAAACGUCAUUGUUGAGUUCUCUCAAUCGGCCAGAAAUGCUUCGUGAUUCCCUAGCUUCUGCCCUGUUAUCACCAUAUCUUAUCGUGUUCCUAGAUGGUUCGAUCAAGACGAUGGCGUGCGGGUAACUCCUGCUUAGCCCGAUGUAAUGGUCCCAAAAAAGAGAACGGUCAAAAACCAAAAAAAAAAAAAAAACGAGGAAAAAAUUUCGCUUGCGGGAA